CUGGAAUCGUGAACGCAGAUUUCGUCGGUUCUUUUGGUGUGAUUACAGUGGCCAUUUCGAUUAGAAAUCAAUUAACCCACUUAGGUUAAAAGAGAAGAGCCUUGCAAGCAGGACGCAUAGUUCGUUCAGAGGCGCCAUCAUGUUUACUUCUUCGUGGGUCUUCGCGGCCAUUUUUAUUCUGGGCAAUGGAGUUUUCGGCGAAGAAAGUGGUCGCAUUGUUGGAGGACAAACGACGACGAUAGAGCGAUACCCUUAUCAGGUGUCUUUGCGAUACAAUAACCGACACAUUUGCGGUGGGGCCAUACUUAGUGAAAAGUGGGUGAUAACAGCAGCACACUGUGUCAAAGGGCCGUUCGCUCGAAAUUUUUCCGUGAAAGUUGGCUCCUCGAAUCUGGACGCAAAAGGAACUGUUGUUCAGGCUGAACAAAUCAUCAUCCACGAGAGUUAUGAUAAGAAUCUUUCCGAUUUUGAUAUCGCAUUAAUUCGGUUGGAGUCACCACUGACACUAAAUGACCAUGUCAGUCCAAUCUCUCUGCCAUCAUUGACAGAGCGCUACUCCAGUGGCACCGUGGCAACUGUCACAGGUUGGGGUGCCAUGAGAAGUAAUGGCAAACUGUCAAACCAGCUGAGAACUGUCAGCGUUCCCUUGGUCUCACGAACAGAGUGCUCUUCAUUGUAUGGGAAACAAUUGAUAACCGAAAGGAUGCUCUGCGCCGGAUACGUCAGGACCGGCGGCAAGGAUUCCUGUCAGGGAGACAGUGGAGGACCACUCGUCCAGAAUGGGAAAUUGAUCGGCAUAGUGUCCUGGGGAAUGGGAUGUGCAGAGCCCUACUACCCAGGAGUCUACACCCGCGUCGCCGCGAUGAGGUCCUGGAUCUCGCAGAAGACUGACUUAUGAACCAAGACUCCUCUCCUGGGCAUCGACGGCGACCUCUUCUAGAGCUCCUCGAGGAGGUUUCGAUCCGGGGUAUCCAAAGCAUCUCGAGAUUCUAGGAGUGUCCUGCUCCUCUAGAAGAUGGCUUCUUAAGGGCCAUCGAAAGCCUGGAGGCGCCCAACGUCCCGACGCCUGCAAUGCGCUUACAAUGUACACCUACACCAUCGGUAUAUCUUUACACCAGCUGAAAAGACAUUUAAAAAAAGAUCAAGAAAAAAAGUUCACCAGCACGAACCAUUGCAAAUCAGACAUUUGGCAAACGAACGCCACCACGUAUCUGGAGUCUUGCUUGGUGCCCGACGCAACUUCUUCAUUUUUUAAGGGGAUGUCAAAGGCGGUAAAAAAUAUAUUCUACGUCGAUAUAUUAAAAUUCAUAUGUACCCAUUUUGGUGGGAAGGUCAUUUUGAAUCCUCAAGUGGGAACAUAAGGCGGUAAAAAAUAUUUUCUACGUUGAUAUAUUAAAAUUCAUAUGUACGCUUUUUGGGUGGGAAGGUCAUUUUGAAUACUCAAGUGCGUCAGGUUACCGUCAUUUAUAUUUAUGUUGAAGUCUUUUACAGUCCACUUUGAUAAUUAUACGAACUGAAGCGUUCCAUGUCAUUUCGGUAAAGUAAUGACGAAGAGGUCGAGAUUUAUAAAUGGGUUAUAAACCCACUCCGAAUCGAUCAGGUCGAACGUCUAAAUCUAAAGACAGAUAACUGAAGUUAAAUAGAAAUAAUAAGUUUGGAGGAGGUUCAUAAACACUAGUUAAAAUCGGAAAUUGCUGUCAAAUCUCUGAUAACGGAACUGGGAAAUCCGUAAUGUGUAAUCAUCUUAUUACGGUCUUUUCUUCGCGUUUGUUAUCAUUAUCUCCGAAAGACAUUUUUUUUUCUGCCGUAUCUGUAGACAUAUCUUAGAUUAGUUCUAUUGUAGUUCGAUUACGGAGUCUGUGGAAUACCCAAGAGAGAUGUCGAAAUUUUAUAAUCCGAUGCUGAAAGUUGAAAUAUAUAGCGAGUAAUAAUAAUUUAUGGUAAUUUCAGGCGUUAAGUUGUCUCGACUGCAGCGGCCAUUUUGUAACGCUUGACACUCGACUUAAAAAACCGAUUUUCUACAUUUACAAGCGUUUCUUUUGCUUAUUAUCGUUCGCCAAUAUUUUCUAUCCAAUAUUCAAAUUCUAAAUAGUGUAGAAAUUCCUCCAUUUAUCGAGAAAUAGUGUUUUAAUUUAAUUUCGAGCGCAAAAUUGCGUGAGGCGUCUCCAGCCGCAGCAGCCAUCUUGAAAUGCUUGACGCCCGACUUAAAAAAUCGAUUUUCUACAUUUACAAGUGUUUCCUUCGUUCAUUACAGUUCACAAAUAUUUUCUAUUCAAUUCUCAAAUUCUAAAUAGUGUAUAAACUCUUUUAUUUAUCGAGAAAUAGUGUUUUAAUUUAAUUUCGAGCGUAAAAUUGCGUGAGGCGUCUCCAGCCGUAGCAGCCAUUUUGAAAUGCUUGACAUCCGACAUAAAAGACCGAUUUUCUACAUUUACAAGCGUUUCUUUUGCUUAUUAUCGUUCACCAAUAUUUUCUAUCCAAUUUUCCAAUUCUAAAUAGUGUAGAGACUCCUCUAUUUAUCGAGAAAUAGUGUUUUAAGUUAAUUUCGAGCGUAAAAUUGCGCGAGGCGUCUCCAGCCGCAGCGUCCACUGUGCCCUGGUCCUCCACUUGCGAGAGUUGCAUCCACAUGCGAACUUCCUCUUAGUUAAUUCGUUGUAAUCUGUUCGAAAUUCGAAACUCAUGAUACUUAGUCCCAAGCAACGGCGUACCAUAGCUAGUUGGAGCUUAACACGUAUUUACGUGUAUGCUCACGCCUUGAAAGCACCCUGGACCGGCAAAUCUCGUCCGGUAGACGGCUUAAGGCGACCAAAAUUCCUACAUAACCUCAAAAACGCAAUAUUAACAGAAAUCAUUGGAAAUCGCUAGAAAUUAAAAUCCUGUAACAAUUUUAAGGUCGAACCGUCACUCGUUACCGAAACGCAUUAUUGUUUAUUAUAUAAAAUCCGACGCUAUUUCCAGACUUUUAAGGCUUAAGGCGACCAAAAUUCCUACAUAACCUCAAAAACGCAAUAUUAACAGAAAUCGUUGGAAAUUGUUGGGGACCAUUGGAAUCGUUUAUACCUUUGAUAACACCUGUCUUAUCUAAGCAAAAGGAAUCAAAGCAACAUAAUUACUCGAGAGGCAGAACAACACAUGAUAUCACUUUUAGAAUAAUCCCAAUCAACUUUCCAUUACAGAUUUAAGACCUUCAUUUGUUUUUCAGUCCCUCGAGAGAUAAAUGUUGCUAAGGUGAGAAAUCAACAUGUCCAACUAAUCAUAUCAACGUUAAUUGAAGACUCAAAUCUUGCUCCACGACCCACGGGCGUGUUAAAUUAAUAAAUGGAAUAAUUUAAUCUAAUUAUUUAAUAUCGACACUUAAUUUCAUUAUUAAAAGUCAGUUCUUCUUGCAACGGGCGCCUGGAUUAAAAUUUCUAAUAUUUUAAAUUAAUUAAUCAAUUAUUCCAUUACGUGUGUGCCUUAGAGGGAAUUUACAAGAUUAAUGUUGUAAUUGCAAUUGCAAGGAUUAAACAAUGGGUAGUAUUUUUUCCGGCCCCCAAGCGAUAAAAAAUAUAUGUCUGAAGCGACACUAUGAUUCAUUGAAGAGUUAUCAAUGGAUUAUCGGGAAUUAUUUACGAGACAGUCUCUUAGUGGGCAGACGGGAAUUUUAAUU